GCAUUCUUCUCCACAGAAACGCCCAACUCAAUUCUUCUCCACCACAAAACCUUUUGCCUUCUGAGUCUGUACCGUACGUUUUUUUGAAGCUUCGACAAUGCCAAAGCCUGAAAGAAGCCCCGAACUUUUUGUGAUUAAAUAAAUAAAUAAAUAAAUAAAAUAAAGCCUUUCAUUUUUAAAUUUUUUUUUUUUGUUUUCCUUGAUGGACAUUCACAGUUUCUUCUCUCUCUUUCCUCCACAUGGCGGCUCUCUUCACUUUCCCUCACUUUCCUUCUCGUCAAACACUCUCCGAUUUUCGCCGUCGCGCCGCCAUUUCUCCUUUCUAGGCAGAGCUCAGUUGGCUACGAGCAAGAGAGAGAAAGAGAAGAGAGGCGCGGCCGUACUCUGGUUCAAGCACGAUCUCCGAAUCGAUGAUCAUCCUGGCCUCGUCGCCGCCUCCAAACAUCCUGAGCUCGUUCCUCUCUACGUUUUUGAUCACCGCAUUCUUCGCCGAUUUUCCGAGGAAAUGCUAGAAAUGAUUCUUCUAGCACUUGAAGAUUUGAGAAAUUCGUUGAGAAGUCAGGGCUUUAAUCUCAUGCUCAGGUUGGGAAAUGCUGAAUAUGUGAUGCAAAAGCUCGUUAGAGAGGUAAAAGCCACUCAUAUAUAUGCCGAGGAGGAGGUUGAGUACGAUUUGAGGAAAGUGAUGGACAUUGUCAAAGAGACGUUAGAAACACUAACUUUUGCAGAGGAGAGUCCGAAGAUCGUCCCAUGGCGGACUCCAUUUUAUGAUAUGAAGAGCCUGAUGGAUCUUUCUGCUUCGCACGAUGAUUUCAAGAAACUUCAAUUGCCAGUAACUGCACCAAUUCCUCAGUCGCUACUAUUAGCUGGUGCAAACGUGGAGCUGGAUUGGGGUUCUAUCCCAACGUUUGAUGAUUUGAAGGAAUUUAUAAAUCAAAAUCCAUGCAGACCAAAAGAAAGUUGGAUUUCAAUGAAGGAGAAGUCAGCUGAAAAUAUGUUCAUGAAGGCACUAUAUAAGGCUAGGGAAAGCAAUCAAAAUAAUCCGAGUCCUAAAGAUGUCCGGAGAUUCCAGAAAAAGAGAUUAGAUAACUCUGUUUUUGUCACGGGACGGGGAAGUUCUGUGGGAGGUGGGACUAAAACUGUACUGAAUGCUUUGGCUGCGUACCUGAGAUAUUUGGAGGGAACAGCUCGAGAUGACUGGCAGGAGGUUCAUGAAAGGGUUCGUAAUGCGGAAAGUAGGGAAGGAGCUUCAUUUGGUAAACUAUUUGGUCCUGCCAUUUCUCUUGGUAUCGUAUCUAGAAGGAGAGUACAUUAUGAAGCCAUCGAGUAUGAGAAGGAACGAAAUGGUGGAUUUCUCUCUCCCUUUGGAUAUUCAACAAUCUCUGCUGCUGCAGCAAUUGAUGCCGUUAACUCAAUGGAGUGGUACUGGCUUAUGGCUCUAAAAAGUCAAACAAGCAAUGAGAGAAAAUAUCCUAUUAGGUUUUGGAGAUGGAAUGGCCAUCUAAUUCAGUAUACAGUUGCUGGUCAUGAAGGUCCUGCAACUCUUCUUGUGCAUGGUUUUGGUGCCUUUUUGGAGCAUUUUCGUGAUAACAUCUUGGGCAUAGCUGAAGGUGGUAAUCGAGUUUGGGCCAUCACACUUUUGGGAUUUGGCAAAUCAGAAAAGCCAAAUAUUGUGUACACAGAACUCAUGUGGGCAGAAUUGCUCAGAGAUUUCGUUAUUGAUGUAGUUGGUGAACCAGUGCAUCUUGUAGGGAACUCAAUUGGCGGUUAUUUUGUUUCCAUCCUUGCUUGUUUCUGGCCUGCUUUGGCUAGAUCUGUUGUCCUUGUUAACAGUGCUGGCAACAUUGAUCCGGGACAUUCCUUUCUUCCAUCCUCUAAGGAGAGACAAACUUCAGGGGCUGCAUGGCUGGGUGCUCGACUCCUUUUGCUCUACUUAAGGUUGAGAACCAAGGACAUUGUAAAGAAUUGCUAUCCAACUAAAGCAGAGCGAGUUGAUGAUUUUCUUAUUAAUGAAAUGUUAAGAGCAUCAUAUGAUCCUGGGGUGCUCGUGGUCUUGGAAAGCAUUUUUAGCUUUGAUCUAUCUGUCCCUCUUAAUUAUCUCUUGAAGGGAUUUGACGACAAGGUUCUAGUAAUACAGGGAAUGAAAGAUCCAAUAUCUGACUCCAAAUCCAGAUUAGCUAUGAUUAAAGAGCAUUGUGCUUGGUUCAUAGUCAAGGAAUUAGAUGCAGGCCAUUGUCCCCACGACGAACUACCGGAAGAAGUGAAUUCUAUUAUCCGUGAGUGGAUUGUGACUGUAGAAAGUAGAAUCCUAGCUAGGAGCAUACUUUAGCUUUCAUACGGUAGACACGUCUUGUACAGAGUGAAAUAUUCCCGAUCCCGCUCCAUUUUUUUCAUUUAAUCUAACCAUUUAUAAAUUAAAAAUACUGAUUUGUAACAUAAUUAAUUUAUGAAAUCUACUGGAUAGGAUCAAUUUGAUAUCCUGUUUUAAGGGUUUAAAAUGGAAAAUACGGAUUCUGCUUAAACAUUUUAUAAUCUCCUGUAAAUGCAUCUCCAAACUGAAGAGAAUUUGGAUCUGCGGAA